UAAUUUCAUUGUUUUGUAAAUUUGAAGAAUUACAAUGGCAACUUAUGAAGACAUUAAAGACAUUCCAAAUCAUCCAGAAGCAUAUCUAAUUGAUGUUAGAAAUGCUAAUGAAUUGGAGAGUACAGGUGUUAUUCCAGCUAGCAUCAACAUUCCACUUCCUGACCUAGAUGCAGCCUUAUCAAAAUCCAAUGAAGAAUUCAAAGCCGCAUACAAUCGACCAAAGCCCAAAGAAGAUUCUUAUAUUAUUUUUAGCUGCCUUGCUGGUGGACGUGCCCAGCGUGCAGCUAAGCUUGCUAUUGAAAAUGGAUUUGUCAAUGCUAAAGCAUACAAAGGCUCUUGGACAGAAUGGGCUCAAAAGGAAGGCUUGUAAACAAACAACAAAAAAUAAUCAACAAAAAUUUGUUAUAUAAAAAUUUAAUUUUGUAUAAAAAAAACUAGCAAAUUAUGAUAUAAUCAAUAAACGAACAAAUUAUUAAUUU